GAUGGUUUUUCUCUAUACACCACUCGUUAGUGUUAUCGUUUACCUUUAUUGUUUAAAGAAUAACUUUUUCGAAGAAAGGAACUCACAGACGUGUCAGACGUCCAGUCCAGUAGGUGGCGGUAACUCACAUGCUCCACACGGAAGAAGACGACGACGAAGAAGAAGAAGGACAACAUUUAGCUUUUCAUUAGCUUAGCAGUUUAAAAUCCCAGUGUUUUCUGUUUUGGCUAGUUGUAUUUGUUUGUUAACGAGGUAUCUAAAUAGUACCAUUGAAUAAUGCGUUGUAAUGACAUUAUUGAUUAGCUUGGGUUAGCUAGCCACGUAGAUAUAACAAGUUAUAAGGCUAGCACUGUAGCUAUAUGCACCUGCGCAGUGAAAGUUAGCCAGCUAGCUAAGUGAUGGAGUGGUUUAAUCUGAGCAGUGCGGAUUAAAUUUCUGGAUAAAUGACUGAAAGUGAAGGAGGAGAAAGUGUUUAAUUCCGGAGACCAGGAGAAAGAUGGGAACUCCGUUUAAGAUCCCGAAGAAGAAACAACCGUCGGAUUCCUCCGUCAUUCGCAUGACGUCACCGCUCACCCGGCUUCAGGAUGACGUCACAGCAAAAUCACCCUGGAAUCGAGACCCUUUUAACGGGCAAAAGUCGAACGGAAGCGGCUGUGUCAAUGGCAGAAGAGAAACGAAGCCUGGAUCUACUCUAGCAGACCGAUGGAGACCCAAGAGAGCGUCAGAUAAGCUGUUCCAGCGUGACGACGACAAACACGCACCUGCAGCUAAGAAGCAAUGGGGACCUGGUCUCGGUGAGAAAUGCACGUCUUCACAGCCUGAGGAUGAGGACGAGGAGGAAGAGAGCGAGAAGAAGAAUGAUUCUCCAGUCAGAGGAGCAAAGAGCGCAAACACCCUGGAGUCUGUGAACACGGUUGUAGCGGACAAGCAGAACGGAUGGAGCACACACUCGUCUUCUCACACACACACUGGGGACGGCGUGCAGGCGAAGCUAGCGAGGACACCAAAGGACACACACGUCCACACCGGUUCGGUCCAAAAAGCUGCCAGUGAUUGUCCUUACACCAGGAGGAAGCUCCGGCUGAGACUUUCAUUCAAAACGUACCAGAGAGCCAAAGCAAGCUGCACAGAACCGAUUGUACUGUCCAGUGGUGAUGAAGAUGAGGGAGAGGAUGAAGCACGCAGUGAUGCUCGACUAAAUCCAGAUCUACAGAAGAGCCAAAAUACCAUUUCAGGAGCUCCUGGUUCAUCUCCUGCCAUGAUGGAACUCGCCUUCUCCACUCUGUACUUUGGUACAACACAGAGUCAUGCCAAGGGACCCAUCAUGAUCACAGAAGAGUGCAUCUCGAUCCGACUGAAAGGGUCAGGAGCGGAGGCUGACGGAGGUGCUGGCGAGUGUGUGUCGGUGUGUGUGGUUCCCUCGGAGCUGCGAGCGUACGGCGUGUGGGACGCCGCUGGCAGCGGGUUGACGGAGCUGCGCGACUCUUCAUCCUCCCUCCUCUUCUUCACUCUGAGCGAUGCUCAGGCCCGACUGCUGCACACCGAGCUCUCAGCGCUACACAAACAAACCGCAGCCCCGCCCUGCCCGUUUGUGUUGGUGCACCUGAUUGGUCGAUUGGACGAGCUGCAGGAAGCCACCUUAGCAUCUCUGAUGGAGAUGAUGGCUCUGAGGAGCGGACAUCUGUCCCUGGGAACACCGCUGUCCCGGGAGGAGGGGCUGAAACGCGUACUGUGCCACCCUUACGGUGCCCACUUCCUCACCGUGCUGGGGAGCAAAGUAACCAAUCAGGGGAGUCACAAUGGGACCAGAAGCAGCAAAGCUCCUGAAGUUACGAGUACCAGACACACACUACGCAGCCAUACAAGACAGCCAAGCAUGCCCAGAAGGUUAAUUCAGUACCCCCCUCCACCCUCGAAAGGCGGCAUCACCGUGACAACCGAAGACCUGGAGUGCCUUAGGGACGGCGAAUUCCUCAAUGACGUCAUCAUCGACUUCUACCUCAAGUACCUGCAGUUAGAGAGAGCGGAUCGGGACGUGGCCGACAGGUCGCACAUCUUCAGCAGCUUCUUCUACAAGCAGCUCACUCGCAAAGCCAAUAGCAGCGAGGAGGAGGCCGGCGGCACAGCGCAGUACAGACGCCAUGGGAGAGUGAGAACGUGGACCAGAAACGUCGACAUCUUCAGCAAGGACUACCUCUUCAUACCUGUUAAUCAGGAAGCCCACUGGUACCUGGUGGUGAUCUGUUUCCCUGGUCUGCUGCAGCCUGAGUGCGUGCCAUGGAAGAAAAGCCAAACAGGAAGUUCAGUUGAUCCAAAGGGCAAAUCAAAGGACAGCGCGCUUAAAUCCAGCGAUCUUCCGGACUGCACAGUGCUCACCUGCCAGAGGAACAUGGUCACCAGGAGGCCUUGCAUUCUGAUCAUGGACUCUCUGAAGCUGUCCUACCACUAUCGCAUCUACACGCUGUUACAAGAGUACCUACAGGUGGAGUGGGAGGUGCGGAGAGGAACUCCUCGAGUGUUUAAUAACGACAGCAUUAAAGGGAGCCACUGCAAAGUGCCACUGCAGGACAACAGCAGCGACUGUGGCCUUUACCUGCUGCAGUAUGUCGAGAGUUUUCUGCAGAAUCCAGUCGUACACUUUGAUCUCCCGCUUCGGCUCGAGCGCUGGUUUCCACGGCAGCAGGUCCACAGGAAGAGAGCGGAGCUCCGUGAGCUGGUGCUUCAGCUGUACCAGAAGCAAGUGGGCGGAGCCGUGCGGAGCAGCAGAUUGGAUGAAGGGUUGGACUGAUGAUCAUGGCCUCGGGACGAUGUUUUGUUACCGGGGUUUCCCACAGUCCUGCGACUUUAUUGCUGCACUAACACCUGUGACUCAUUAUGAAACACUUCAGUAUGUUAAAGUGCGCAAGACGUGAUUCAUGAUCACGUUCCUUUAAUUCCACUGCGCGCUGGAAUCACCUUAGUAAAGAUUUUAAAAUGUGUGUGUUAGUGUGUGUAAACACUAUAUUGUGCAAAGGGAACUAAAGCAGUAAGAGUGAGAAACAUCAUUUUACCAAGAUGCGAAGAAUAUUUGUAUUUCCUGUUAAUUUAUUAUAUUUGUAUAGUUUGUGUUUUAAUAUAUGAAGGCAAAAAUAAAGCAAGAAAUGUAAUGCUUCUA